UCAUAUUUAUAUUUUUUUAUAAAUCUCUCCAGGAACUAAACAAAAAAUUCCCUGAACUCUUUACCAUGCUGUUAACAUCUUUGGCCACCUACACGAACUUAGCGCCACCUGUGCACGCAGGCAGUCAGCGCAGCAACUCGCCAACUCAACAGGGCGUCGCCGCCUCGAGCAGCUCACUAUCCACGGUCGCCUCAACGACCAAAUCGAAGUUUGGCUUUGUCCCGAACAAGGAUCUAGUUAAGUUGAAUCCCUGUCAAAUUGUAUUGGAAACUUUUCAAGCAUUCCUCGGCAAUCUAGAAAUGGAACAAAUCGCUACCGUGCUCACAGUGCACACCCAAUUGGCCAGCAGUACCGAUCUGAAAAACUACAUUGAAUUGCUAACACCAAUUGCUAUUGGGCUAGUGAAUCAAUUGCAAAUCUCAUCGAGCACUAUGAAACAGGUCGUCACUGCGCUUAGCAAAUAUGUUGCAUCACCAUAUGAUGGUCAACGGAUUGCUGCAGUGGGUUUGUUCUCACGUCUUGUGCCGCUGAAACCAUGCGGAGAAAUUUCUUCAGUGAUUAUGUUGCACUUAAGCUCGGCGCUGAGUGAUCCUAAUGCCGUUGUGCGUGGAAUAAGCAUACAAGGUUUAGGAUACGUGGGAAGUCUGACUGACCACGAUAUCGAAAAAUACACGGAAACCGCAGUGACCGCACUGUUGAAAGGCAUUGAUGACACUGCUAGUGACUGCCUUAUAAAUAUUCCACUCGAAAGCAUGCGCGGACUAGCACGCAUUUUACAGACAUUGCCCAGUGACCGUCUAGAAUCAUUUCAUGUCUCGUUAGCGAUACGUAUUCGGCCAUUUUUCGGCAGCUAUUCAAUUGAGAUACGCGAGGCGUCCAUUAUUCUCUUUGGCGAUCUAUGUGAGUCGAAAAAGGCACACGAUGCUAAUGGCAGCAUUUCGCCGAAUGCUUCCUCUACAGAGGCGCUGCGGGAGCAAUUAAUUGCAAACCUAUUUCCAAUUUUGUUGCAUUUGAGCGAGGGUGAUGCGACAAUAAUUAGAGCAUGCAAAGGUACUUUACGAAAGGUUUGUGGCUUGCUGAAUGCACCAAAAGUGAAUGAAAUGGCACAACGGCAUCUAAUCGACCAUGGACAGUUAAACUAUGGCGUUUUUAUAGUCGACUUUGUUAAAUUAAUUGCUAUGGAUUUGCCAGAUUUUAUACAGGACUUCAUUGACUCGGCAAUACCGAAAUUGCGUAGCCAAUGGGCAGAGGUGCGGGGCAGCGCUGCGAUUGUAAUAGGUAUACUCCACAACUUCCUGCCGGAACGGAAUACGCAAACCGAGUCCGUGGGAAAUAAACUAGCCGCUCUACUAAAAGACGAAAAUCAUUUUGUUCGCGUUAAGGCAGCCACGGCAUUGGGCUAUUUCUUUGGGGACAUUUGAAAGGAAAAAACCGUUGGCAUUUCAGCUAGAAAUCGGUAGUGAUUUUUUUUAAUGCGAAUAAAAGCAUAUGGUCUUAUUCCCAAAAAAUAAAGUAGGUUUAAAAAGCUUUAUAAAAUGACGUUUUCAUACAUUUUUCAAUUUAUAAAGCUACUUUAUUUUUUAUGAACAAGGCUAAUAGAAUUUUGAAAAUGCAGUGUACCUUAAAGUAUAUUAUAUUAAAUAGCACUGUGAAUACGUGUCAAUGUGAUUAUAGAAAACUAGAAUAAUCUUUACUAUAUGGGACUUUUUCGUAUACUGGUAUAUACAUACGUACAUUGAACAAAUGAUUGUCGUAUAUUACAUUUGACGACUUUUGGGAAAUCGCGAUCGAAGUUUAAAGUCUGUUUUCUUGAAAACGUGGUGGUAGAUUCCUUUGAAAAUUUUAUAUGUUGUUUCCAGCUGAAGGAAAUAUUGGAAUUUAUUAUUAAAAAAAGUUGCACAAAAUCUGCAACAUUAAUUGCUAAUUUUAUUUACUCACACUUUGUCGUCUGUACAGUUGACAACUUGGUUGUGCUCAAUUCAUAAACAUGCGACAAAUUACUAGCAAAAUAUCACACAAAUCAUAUGGAGGAUAACUUUAAUUUCAGCUUUAUUUGAACAUCAAAAUAUAUUAAAGGAAGCAUAAGACAAGUCAUAUUUAAGCAAAAAACAAAACCGACUUCGAUUCUCUUAUAA